AUGGCGUCCGUCAUGCGACGCGCCUGGACGGCCGCUGCUCAGCCCUUGGCAUCGACUCGAAGGUGUAUAUCGAGCUCGUCUGCAAGGCUAGGGCUGGCCAAGAACCAAGUCUUUGAUCCCAUCAGUUCCCCAGCCUCCUUCAACUCCAUCCUCGCCCUCUCCACCUCCCGCCAAGCUCCUCUCCUCACCCUCUGGACAACCUCCUGGUGUCCCUCCUGCCGCUCCAUCGAGCCGCUCCUCCGCAGCCUCAUCACCUCCGGCGUCGGCGAGCCCCAAGGCGGCGUGCUCUUUGCGCCCGUAAAGUUCGAUGCUCCAGAGAUGAUGUCAGCGUCUGUCCCGGGGCCACCGCUGGCUUCCUUGUACACAAUCACCUCGGUGCCGACGCUGCUGAGCUUCGCGGCUGGCGAGGCGCGGGUCGGCACCAGGGUCAUGGAUGCGAGGAAGCUAGCGGACAGGCAGUUUCUCGUCGAUUGGAUAUGCAACGAGGCGAGACGAGACGGGAACGCGGCCGGAGGAGGAUCUGCUUCAUUUGGCGGUUUGUUCAACAGCCGGUGAAAUGGGGAAAGGAGACAACCAAGGUGUAAGAUACAAGAAGCCGCAAGGCAUUCCGGUCCAUGUACGAUACGAUGCGCACGAAGAAACGAUUCCGGGACAACAAAAUUGUACGGCGGUAUAAGAUAUAGAACAUAGACAUUGUCUGGUAAAAGGGCAAGCUUAUCUCUAUUAAUACAUCAAAUAGAAGAG